GUUGCGUGAUUUUGCCGCAGCCUUUGGAGAGAGAAGAAUACUACCCUCGUCGCUCCCUUAUACAAACGAAGCGUUUCAUCUCUCUCAGUGCGAGAAGUAGCAGACGAAAGAAAUGUCGGGUGCAGCAGCAAACCAGGAAGAAGAAAAGAAACCCAACGAUCAGGGGGGAGCUCACAUCAAUCUCAAGGUUAAGGGUCAGGAUGGGAAUGAAGUGUUUUUCAGGAUCAAGAGAAGCACUCAACUGCGAAAGCUGAUGAAUGCAUACUGUGACCGACAGUCUGUAGAUUUCAACUCAAUUGCGUUCUUGUUUGAUGGGCGCCGCCUUAGAGGGGAGCAGACUCCUGAUGAACUUGAAAUGGAGGAUGGGGAUGAGAUAGAUGCCAUGCUGCACCAAACAGGUGGUUUUGCCUUCUAAUUGGGAUAUGGUCUAUGUAUAGGUUGGAGGGAUUUUUAUUAACUUAUCUUGUGGUGGUGUAAUGCAAAGACUUAGAGUUUUGGCACUGUAACAAGCUAUCGUUUUUUUUUUUAUGGUUCGGAGCGUUGGUUUGACUCUAAAGAUUUAAAGAUAACCCUUUCAUCAAGGGAAGCUUCGAUCUAGUUUAUGCAAUGAUACGUUGUUCUUCUGUGCUGUC